GACAGAUUCUUGUUCACCUUGAAGGCUGCCGUUUAUUCAAGGUCAUCGCGAAAGAAAAAUCGCAAGAAGGUACCGAUGCUUUCGAAGAGAUGAAAUGGAUUUAUGGGAUUAAGGUCAAACGGGAAUGGACUUGUUAAUACGUUUAGAAAAGAUUAAAAAUGGCCAGCGUGGUCGGGCAGAUUGUACACGUUUACCAUGAUGUGAUGGACAAUAAAAGCGAUCAACGCGUAAAAGGAUACUUUUUAAUGGACUCUCCAUUUCCUACGAUGAUAAUAUGCUUGUCUUAUGCGUACAUAGUGAAGGUUCUUGGUCCGAUGUUAAUGGAAAAUCGAAAACCUUUCAACCUAAGAAAAACGAUCAUUUUUUAUAAUUUAUUUCAGGUUGUUUUUAGUACAUGGUUAUUUUAUGAGUCUUGCGUUAGUGGCUGGUUUAGUCACUAUAGUUAUAAAUGUCAACCGGUGGAUUAUUCUAAUAAUCCAUUAGCUUUAAGGAUGGUACGAGGUUGUUAUUGGUAUUAUAUCUCAAAAUUCACAGAAUUUCUUGAUACGAUAUUUUUUGUUCUUCGUAAAAAGAACGGUCACAUUUCAACUUUGCACGUAAUUCAUCACGGAAUAAUGCCGAUGUCAGUGUGGUUUGGCGUUAAAUUCACGCCAGGAGGUCAUUCGACGUUUUUCGGGUUUUUAAACACCUUCGUCCAUAUUAUUAUGUACAGUUACUAUUUCUUUGCCGCUUUGGGACCCCAGUAUCAAAAGUAUUUAUGGUGGAAAAAGUAUUUGACGGCUUUACAAAUGGUUCAAUUCGUAUUGGUGAUGGUCCACGCUUUUCAAUUACUAUUUAUUGAUUGUGAUUAUCCAAAGGCGUUUGUCUGGUGGAUCGGCCUUCACGCCGUUAUGUUCUACUUCCUGUUUUCCGAUUUCUACAAAAAGACUUAUGUAAAGAAGUCCAAAACAAAAGUUGAAAAUAAAGAAGAAAUAAAAUAUUCAAACGAAAGUAGUAAAAAUGGAAAAGGAGUUGGAAUUUGUUUCCCGAUUCAAACUGAUUUGUAUGAAAAUGGUAGUAUUAGUAAACAUAUUAGCAAAAGUUAUACGUCAGAUAGUAAUAUUCAAUUGAGAAAUAGGGCUUUUAUAGAUAGUGCUCAAGCGUAAUUUUUAUUUUUUUCUAUUUUGGGAUUGUUUCUUUUUUUGUAAUUUAAUGAUUUUAACGAUUAAGGUUUAAUUUAAUUUAUAAAAGUAAAAAAUGGGUUUUUUGUAUAUUAUUUUUGAUUUGUUAAAUGUUUUUAGCAUCACAAAAAUAGAAGUAACAAAUUAGAAAAUAGGAGAAAACCAGUUUUUUUAAGGGAAUUUUAUGUUUUAUUUAAGAUUCUUUAUCAAAAAAACCUUAUCUUAAUUUUGAAAAAUAAAAA